AUGCGAGGUCUCAACUGCCAAAUUGUACAUGAGCUGGCCAACCUAAACCUCAACAAUAUUCUGACUUUCAUGAUUGAAGAUGGGGGCAAGGCAGCCUUGUCCCAGAAGAUGAAAGCCGGUGAUGAACUGGUGAAUAUCAAUGGCACUCCACUGUAUGGAUCCCGCCAAGAAGCCCUCAUCCUCAUCAAAGGCUCCUUCCGGAUCCUCAAGCUGAUAGUCAGGAGGAGAAACACCCCUGUCAGUAGGCCACACUCAUGGCAUGUGGCCAAGCUGCUGGAAGGAUGCCCUGAAGUGGCUACCACCAUGCAUUUCCCUUCUGAAGCCUUCAGCUUGUCCUGGCAUUCCGGCUGCAACACAAGUGACGUGUGUGUGCAGUGGUGUCCACUCUCCCGGCACUGCAGCACUGAGAAAAGCAGCUCCAUUGGCAGCAUGGAGAGCCUGGAGCAACCAGGCCAACCUUCCUAUGAGGGCCACCUCUUGCCCAUGGAUCAGAACAUGUACCCCAACCAGCGUGACUCAGCCUAUAGCUCCUUCUCAGCCAGCUCAAAUGCCUCUGACUGUGCCCUUUCCCUCAAGCCAGAAGAGCCAGGCUCUGCAGACUGCAUCAUGCUAGGCCCGGGGCCAACAAAAGCUGCCAGUGGCCGGCCCAAUGUGACUGAGACCUCUGGAGGUAGCCGGCGCACCACCAAUGGGGGUCACCUGACUCCCAGCUCCCAGAUGUCAUCCCGUCCACAGGAGGCCCACCACUCUGGGCCUGCCAAGGCUAUCAGAGGCCCACCACAGCCUCCAGUGAGGCGAGACAGCCUUCAGGCCUCCAGAGCCCAGCUCCUUAAUGGAGAGCAGCAUUGGACCUCUGAGCAUGUGGACUCCUUGCAACAGAAGGAGAUAGUGAGCUUAGACACCAUGCUAUCCCCAAGGAACCCUAACAGGUUCUGCUGCCUCAGCGGGCAAGACCAAGUGACAAAUGAGGGCCAUCAGAACUGUGAGCUCAGCCAAGGUCCUGAAUCCGGCCAGCAGGACUCUGAGCAUCUACUGAUGGAGGCCUCAGCCAAAGCCGUUGGAUUCCCAAAAGUGUAUGACAAAGCUUCCAGCAUAGAUUCCAGCCCACUCAAGAAGGCUUCAGCAGAACCAACUAAGGCUGCUUCUCUUGGAAGCCCUCCACACCUCACAGGACCCAUGGGGCAUCGUCAUAGUGCCCCUGAACAGCUUCUGGAAUCCCAUUUACAGCAUGUACACCUUGAUAUGAGGGGCAGCAAGGGAACGGAGCUCCCAACCGGGGAGGAUGGGCAUGAGUGGACUCUGUCACCUUUGCAUAGCAGCCACACAGGGAAGAAAAGUCCAUGUUCCUCCACAGGAAGAACCCAGGACCAGCCUAGCAAAGAGAGAAAGACCAGGCAAGUGGAUGACAGGUCUUUGGGUUCAGGACAGCAGAGCCCAAGCAGUUCCCCACAUGGAGAGGCUGAUGGACACCCUCCAGAGAUAAGUUUCCGGGACCCAAACAGAGCCUGUAGAGCAAGCAGUGAAUUAGCCAGCCAGCAGCCCUCUGCCUCUGGCUCCCUUGUUCAACAAACCAGGGAUUGUUAUUCAACCACUAAAGUAGCUGGCAUCAUGGAGGCUACUGAAGAAGGGGACAGUGAACCCAAGGAAUGUGGCCAGGUAGGUGAGAGACGAAAUAGAGGGCCCCGGGGCCGCUCAAUCCAAAACCGGCGUAAGAGUGAGCGUUUUGCUACCAAUCUGCGUAAUGAGAUUCAGAGGAGGAAGGCCCAGCUCCAGAAGAGCAAGAAUCCCUUGUCACAGCUGUGUGACACUAAGGACCCAGUGGAAGAGACUGAGGAGCCCCUAGAAAGUACUCCACGUUCUGCCUCGAACUCAUGUCUUCUAUCUUCAUAUAAAAAACCACCUAGCCCCAGGGACAAGCUCUUCAACAAGAGCAUGAUACUCAAGGCUAGGUCUUCAGAGUGCCUCACCCAAGCCACUGAGAGCCAUGAAUCCAGGACAGGCUUAGAGGGACAAAUAAGCCCUGGCCAGAGGCCUGGCCAGCCCUCUUUUGGCCUGAACACCUGGUGGAAAGCAUCUGACCUGUCCUCCUCAGACUCUGAGAAAACAAAUGUUCACCGUGGAGUCUGUGGAGGUCACUGGAGAUGGUCUCCAGAGAACAACCUACAGCCACAUGUGGCACUAUCCAUGGAAGGCCCUUCUAACCCAAGUGACAGCAAGGAAUUGAAGGUUUCUACUGCCCAAGCUGGGGAGGAAGCCAUCCUCCUUCCCUUUGCAGACAGAAGAAAGUUCUUUGAAGAGAGUAGCAAAUCCUUAUCUACAUCACAUUUGCCAGGUUUAACCACUCAUAGCAAUAAGACUUUUACCCAGAGACCAAAACCUAUAGACCAAAACUUCCAGCCAAUGAGCUCCAGCUAUAGGGAAUUGAGGUGCCAUCCAAUGGACCAAUCAUAUCAUUCUACAGACCAACCAUAUCAUGCCACAGACAAAUCAUAUCAUUCGGUGUCACCCCUUCAGUCAGAAACUCCUACAUACUCAGAAUGUUUUGCAAGCAAAGGUCUAGAACCAUCCAUGUGCUGUAAGUCGCUGCACUGUGGGGAUUUUGACUACCACAGGACCUGCUCCUACUCCUGCAGUGUCCAGGGAGCCAUAGUCCAUGACCCUUGCAUGUAUUGUUCUGGGGAAAUCUGCCCUGCUUUGCGAAAGAGAAAUAUGAUGCCAAACUGCUACAACUGUCGGUGCCACCACCACCAAUGCAUCCGGUGUUCAGCUUGCUAUCAUAAUCCCCAGCACAGUAGCCCUGAGGAUGGCAGUUUGGCACCUAGCAACACUUGGAAACCCAGGAAGCUGACAGUGCAGGAAUUUUCUGGGGAUAAAUGGAAACCAGUAACAGGAAACAGGAAGACCAGCCCGUCAGGGAGAGAAAUGGCUCAUUCCAAGGCUAGCUUUUCGUGGGCAACUCCGUUCGAUCCUUGCCUUGAGAACCCAGCACUGGGCUUGUCAAGCUACCGAGCAGUCUCUUCUCUUGACCUCCUUGCAGACUUCAAGCACUCUUCAAAAAAAACAGAGGAAACUUCUGUUUAUGAGGAGGGGAGCUCCAUGGCCUCCAUGCCCCACCCACUGCGCAACCGUGCCUUCUCUGAAAGCCAUAUAAGCUUGGAGCCCCAGAGCUCCCUGGCCUGGCGGCAGCAUAGGAGAGAGCUCUUUACCAAGGUUGAGAUCCAGCCGAAUCCUCUGGGAGCCAGGAAGAAGGCCUUUCCUCCUCCUCGCCCUCCUCCUCCCAACUGGGAGAAGUACAGGCUUUUCCGUGCAGCCCAGCAGCAGCAGAAGCAGCAGCAACAGCAGCAGAAGGAGGAGGAGGAAGAGGAGGAAGAAGAGGAGGAAGAGGAGGAAGGGGCAGAGGAGGAAGAGGAGGGGGAGGAGGAGGAGGAGCUGCCACCCCAGUAUUUCAGUUCAGAAACCACUGGUACCAGUGCCCUCAAUCCUGAAGAGGUCCUGGAGCAGCCACAACCCCCGGUCUUUGGCCACGUGGAGGAUUCAAGGCAGGGCUCAGAAAGCCUCUCAGCAGAGCAAGAGUCCUUUGGUCUCCAUUCCAGCAAUCUCCUGCCUCCAAUAAGGGGACACUUGGGCUCUCAACCUGAGAAGGCUCAGCCCCCUUGCUAUUAUGGUAUUGGUGGCCUUUGGAGAACAUCAGAGAAGGAGACCACUGAUUCCCCCAAACAAGAGUUUCAGCACGUCUCACCUCCUCCAGGGGCCCCAGGGAUCCCCACCUCUUACUCAGCUUAUUACAAUAUUUCGGUGGCCAAGGCAGAGCUGUUGAACAAGUUGAAAGACCAACCUGAGAUGGCAGAGACUGGCCUGGGAGAGGAAGAAGUUGACCAUGAACUGGCUCAAAAAAAGAUACAGCUUAUUGAAAGCAUUGGCAGAAAACUGUUGGUCCUGCAGGAGGCCCAGCGAGGACUGCUAGAGGACAUCAGUGCCAAUUCUGCCCUUGGGGAGGAGGUGGAGGCCAACCUGAAAGCUGUCUGUAAAUCCAAUGAGUUUGAAAAAUACCGCUUGUUUAUCGGGGACCUGGACAAAGUGGUCAACCUGUUGCUGUCACUCUCUGGACGACUAGCCCGGGUGGAGAAUGCUCUCAACAGCAUUGAUUCAGAAGCUAACCAGGAGAAGUUGGUGCUGAUAGAGAAGAAACAGCAGCUGACAGGGCAGUUGGCAGAUGCCAAGGAGCUGAAGGAGCAUGUGGACCGCCGGGAGAAGUUGGUGUUUGGCAUGGUCUCCCGCUACCUGCCUCAGGACCAGCUCCAAGAUUACCAGCACUUUGUGAAGAUGAAAUCUGCUCUCAUCAUCGAACAGCGAGAGCUGGAAGAGAAAAUUAAGCUUGGGGAAGAACAGCUCAAAUGUCUCAGGGAGAGCCUACUCCUGGGGCCCAGCAAUUUCUAAUUCCACCAGCAGACUGUCACACCAUCCCCGCCCAGCCACAAUGGGAAGUGCUUUCAGUCUUCGUUAGCAGUUUGUUAGCAAGUAGAUAGCAGUUUAGUUAGCAGUUUGUUCCAUAUCCUCUACCUUGGACAUCUCUCACUGCCCCUUACCUAGCAUUGCUCCCAACCAGCUAGGAGUUCCUGAGGAGGCCCCCAAGCCUCUACUCUAGGGAAUAGAUGCAAGAGCUAGGAGCUGCCUGCAGCAAAGGGUGAUCAUACAACCACACUCCCCUUCCCACGGUUGGCACAGGCAAGUGCUCACCACACACAGAACCAACAAAGUGCCUUCAUUCUUCUUGGUCCAAGGACUGCAAAGACACCAUGCACUCACCACCCACCCAUACCCCAAUCAGCCUCUCAAGGCUCAGAGAGAAGCUGCCUGUGCAGCUCCAUUCUGCCCAAGGCUCAAAGCCCAGCCAUUUCCCACAGAGAUCUGGCUGUCUUGAGAGCAUCACUUCCCACCAGUUUAAGGGCCUCACCUAAGCUUUACAGUGGGAAGCACAGAAGGAGAAAUUACACUAAACAGAAUGUGAGCAAAGAUCAGGAAUCCCUAGGUGCCCUGCCGAAGCUAGGUUUAAACAAAUGGGCUCCACCUCCACUGGCCCCAGCAUCUGGUUGAGGGGGAAGAGGCCUACUCCAACUAGUGUGGCCCUCCUCCUGUCCUCAUACUUCUGGUUUACCACUUCCUGUUCCAUCUUGCCUUUUCAUUGCCAGUGGUCACCGGUGCCUACCCUAAGGGCUUCACACUAUGGACCAUUAAUAGCUCUACUAAAGCUGACUUCUGGAUACCCAUUUCAUUAUUGGGGUGAGGCGUUCUUUGUUGUAUUUUAAAUGGCCUUUUGAUUUUAUUUAUUUUUAUUUUUUGAUUUAUUUUUUUCCUUUUGUAACUAAUAAGGUGAGAAGAGGGGAGGUGGAAAGGGAAAAGGAAUCCUAGAAGGAAAGCGUGUUCUGCAGAUCAGCCUGGAUUCACCAUGGCUAGAUGAGGGAAUGCCAAGGCCUUGAAUUCUUCCCACCAAACACUACAAGUGUCUAAGAAAGGAGUUCUCACCUUGAACUUAAUUUACUAUGGCCUGGCCCUAUACUAAAGUCAGCAAUGACCAUAAGCUUAGCAUUCCCCAAUGGAUUUCAGUUUUUUACUUAUUUUUUCUCAAAACCAAAGAUAUCCAAAACUGACAAAAGUUCAUCACCCAUUUUUCUACUAUCUCCCAUCUAAGGAAAUGGGUAUAAGUGAGCUCAGGAGGAGAUUCCUCUAUCUCACAAUUGCUUUCUCAGCCUGUGGCCUGACUCAGGGAACUGAAAGUCAUGGUAGCUGGAAGCUCCAGCCAGGGCCAGCCCCCCAGAGCAAAUUAUGAUCCAGCCAGGAUCUUAGGCACACAAACAACUAAUGCUGCUGUUGUUGCCAAUUCCCUGACACCACUAGCCAGUUUCUGUCCUGGAAAAUCCCUCAGGUGGGUGAUGGCAGGAAGGGAAUUGCGGCCAAACUCUGGCUUGUUAUCCAGCUCAAUUCCCCAUUCCUUGCUCACUGGCACCCACGGUUCAUAUUGCACAGCUCUGCCCAACAAACCUGGGCAUCUCUUCUAGUUACUGCUGAGUUCCUCAGGAUCCUUGGAGGUUAACUGUAGCAGCAGGGAUGCCUCAUUUAACCAAAGGAUUUGCCAAAGAACUUUGCUGCUGCUACAAAUAGUGGUCUCUAGCUUCUGUUUCCUUUUCAUUGUAUUUGAAAACAAUGGAAGAAUCUUGGCCAGCAGGGUGUCCUGAGGGGGGCCCUGGGUAUGCUCUUAGUACACUGCUGCUCUCAGAACCACUGUUAAAAUGUCAACCUGCCAUUCUCCCCUCAACUGGGGAAGUCUACCCUAUUCACGAAGGCCGAUGGCUCGUAAAGGGCUAGGCUUACCCAAGCCACAUUUGAGGAAGGUGGGGGAGUGCUAUGAAUAGAAGCUAUGGUUGCCAUCUUUUUUUUUUUUCUUAAGCAGACUCAGGAUAAACAAUGAGUAAGUUGAGACAUCCUAUAUUGGGGGGUGAGGCCAAUGUAGUCCAUCAUUCUAAGAUUUUCUGGGGCCAGAAUAGCUUUUUGGGAACACAGGCCAAGGCAAGAGUGGUCACUUGCCUGGGCAUGAUGACUGUGGUCUGGGUUUCUCUAGUCAGUGUUACAUUGCUUGUACAUUAAAUUUCUCACACAAAAAAGUA